ACAUUUCCGAAGAAGGGUCAGACAUGCGUGGUGCACUACACAGGGAUGCUACAGAAUGGGAAGAAGUUUGAUUCCUCCAGAGACCGAAACAAGCCCUUCAGGUUCAAGAUUGGCAGGCAAGAAGUCAUUAAGGGAUUUGAAGAAGGCAUUACACAGAUGAGUUUAGGACAAAGAGCCAAGUUGACCUGCACACCCGAGAUGGCCUACGGAGCCACCGGCCACCCCGGAGUCAUCCCUCCCAACGCGACCCUCCUCUUCGACGUGGAGCUCCUCAGGUUAGAGUGAACCAGGGAGCUCCCUUCCAAGGGAGCUGCUGGAGACAUCUGUCCAUAACCACCCACCCAUCACCUCUUCCCGGCGGUAGGAGAAGCCUUCACUGGAAUCCCCAUCUUCCCUGCCCAAGCUCUCGUGUCAAUCGCUCCUCUCACCUCUUUUCUCUCUUUUUUUUUUUUUAAUUUUCGUGAUAUCUGUAUUUGCCUUUCCCUAGAAGCUUUGCUUUGAGAAAAAAAAAAUGCCUACCUACCGGUGUAACAUUUUCAAGUUGUACAUUUUAUUUAAUUUGCAUGUAACAAAAAAAAAAACA